AUGAAAGGAUUGCUUACUUUAUUGCCGCUCAUAUCCCAUGCGCUUGCCGCCUGCAACCCGUUGGAGUCCCAGGGGUGCUCGCCCAACCCUGCGCUUGCCACCACCUUCAAGGAGUCCUUCAACUCGUCCAGCACACCCUACUUCACGGUGUUGAAGAACAAGGGCGACGUCACCUUUGGUGAUGACGGAGUUACCUUGACAAUCAAAAACCGCUUCGACAACCCCACCAUCAAGUCCAACUUCUACAUCAUGUUCGGACGUGUCGAGGUGGUGAUGCAGGCAGCCCAGGGCCAGGGAAUCGUGUCCAGCUUCUAUCUCCAGUCUGAUGCAUUGGAUGAAAUCGAUAUCGAGCUCUUUGGUGGCGAUCCCUACGAGUUCCAGUCCAACUUUUUCGUCAAGGGUGACACCACUUUGUACAACAGAGGAGGUUACCACCCGGUUUCGUCCAACCCCUUGAAAAACUACCACACAUACACCAUCGACUGGACCCCCGCCGCUUUGACGUGGUACUUGGACGGCACCCCUGUCAGAAUUUUACAAAGUAACGACCCUCUGGGCUUUCCUCAGACCCCAAUGCAAGUCAUCGCGGGGGUUUGGGCAGGAGGCGACCCUUCCAACGCCCAAGGAACCAUUGAUUGGGCCGGUGGUGAAACAAACUACACCGCUGCUCCAUUCUCCAUGCAUAUUAAGUCUGUCCUUGUUUCAGACUACUCAUCAGGAAAGGCCUACUCCUACGAAGAUAACAGCGGAAAGUGGACCUCCAUCGAAUCUGAUGGAGGUGAAAUUGAUGGAAGAGAGCAGGAAGCUCACGACGAGUUCAAAACUUUGGAAGCCGGGGGAUCUGUUUCUGGCGAUUUUAAUCCGGUUUCCCAAACCUCAGUCAACAAGCCUACCAUGUUGGCCACUGCGGGCCCAACUGAAAGUCUUUCCAGUGGUGGCCACUCUCCAUAUCCAACUUUGACCAUCGGAGCUAUCACCAUCAACCCUGGCGAUCAAAGAACUUUGACUCGUGCAGGUUCUGCAUCCUCCUCUGGUUCAAGUCCUGAUACAAGGUCCACUUUUCCCUCUGUUUUCAUCAAAACUGCUGAUAACUCAUCAACAACCAAUUCCCAUACUUACAGCACCCUCAAUACUGCAUUAACAGGAAUAACCCAACCAGGACCUGUUCCAAGCUAUUUAAAUCACCCCAUUACUGGUGCUGCUUCCGAUUACUCCUCAUUCCAGAACCCUGUACAGACUUUUGCCAAAUCAAGCUCAAACUUUGGUGACUCUACAGUGGCUAAUGGCUCCUUGUUGACAUUCGUGGUGAUUUUCAUUUCAAUGCUUUUCGUAUAA